GCAAAUCAUCUUAUAAUACGGUUUAAAUUAACUGCUGUCUUAACAGGAAAAUGCUGAUCAUACUCCAUUUACUGCUGUUACUCAGAGCGGGACGUUGCACAGAUGAUCUGAUCUUUGAGACAAAGGUUGUUGAUGUUGGAGAUGAUGUGAAUUUGACGUGUGCUCGCCAGGGAUCUGAUUACAGUACACGCUUAUAUUGGAUCAGGCUUGUUUCUGGAAACUUGCCUGAAUUCUUGGGAGGAACAUUUAGCUUUGAUUACAAUGAUGUUAAUACGACUCCUCGCAUUACAGCAAAACAAGAGCCUGGAACUUUUCUUCUGACUAUUAGUCAAACAGAGAGAAAUGAUACUGGAUUUUAUUACUGCAUAAAUGUAAAAGGAAAUAACAUGAAAUUUUUGAGAGGAACAUUUCUGAGAAUUAAAGGACCAGAACGAGAAAUCUCACCCGUCAUUCAAGUCUCUCCAUCUGAUCCAGUCCAUCCAGGAGACUCAGUGACUCUGCAGUGUUCAGUCCUCUCUGACUCUGAGAUGAAAACAUGUCCAGGAGAUCACAGUGUGUUCUGGUUCAGAGCUGGAUCAAAUGAAUCUCAUCCCAGUUUCAUUUAUACUCAUGGAAACGGUGGUGAUCAAUGUGGACAGAGUCCUGAAGCUCACUCUCCACAGAAAUGUGUCUACAGCUUCUCUAAGAACGUCAGCUCCUCUGAUGCUGGGACUUAUUACUGUGCUGUGGCCACAUGUGGACAGAUAUUAUUUGGAAAUGGAUCAAAACUCAACACUGAAGCUCUGUGGGAUUUACAGACGCCUCUGAUUCUGUUAUGUGCUGCUUUGGUUAUAAGUCUGAUCGUUAUUACCAUCCUGAUUUAUCUCAUCAAGAAGAAAACUUGUGAUUGUUGCAAAGCUGCAGUUUUUCUGCAAACAGAUUCUGCUGCAGCCAGUGGUAAUCAGAAAAGUCAUCUGAGAGAUGAGGACGCAUUGGUUUAUUCUGCACCAACGUUCACCAGUCGGAAAGCUGGUAAAGCAGAGAGAAGGAACACAAGAACAGCAGAAGGAGAGACAGUCUACACUGAUGUCAGGGCUUUACGAUAGAUUAGCAACUGUUGACUUGCUCAUUGAAGCUGAUAUAAUUUAUGUGCCACACUUAAAUUAUAUCAGCUGUGUGUGUGUGUGAGAAAUCUACUGCUUCGCAUCAAUGUCGCACCCGAGGUUUGUAACAGUAUUUUAUUUGAGUACAUUUUGACAUUAUAUUUUGUCCAGUUUCUUUCCAUGACUGUAUGACUUUUCACAUUUUAAUAAGUAGAAUGGAUUUUGGUGAUACUCUCCAGCAUUGUGUCUCAUAUCUAUUCAUACUUAAAGCAUUCAGCAUUUCCUUUUUUAUUACCAUCAUGAAAGAGGUUUAACAUGUUUUAGGCUUUUUGAAAGAUUUAAUGUGUUGAGUUGAGUUGGAGAGUUGAGGGACAUUUCCUGUCUGUCUCUUUUUGUCUGAUAUACAGUUUUAUGGCUCUUAACUGUGUAUCAGACUCCUGUAAAAUGACUGUAUUAAAUGAAACUGAUGUUUGUU